AGCCGCAAGUUAAACAUUAGUCGGACAUCGUUACACGACUUGGAUUCGUCCCAAGAGAACAAUUCAAUCACGUUCAAAAUACAAUAAAAUUCUCCCCGUCGACGGUCAGAGGAUGAACCCCGCUUCAUCUGCAGGAAUACUCGGUCCCCCUUUGGCCCCUGGCCACUUCCUCUCCACUCCUCUCGGGCAAAUCGACACGUGUCGGCCCUCCCGUUCAAGAUGUUUGCGUAUAUAUAACCUUCACUGAUCAAACCCAGUUUGCUCAAAGCGAAGUUAAGCACCCAUCUUCUACAUCCUGCAGUAUAUUUCUAUCCAGUUCCAGUUGUAUUCGAGUUUCAGUAGUCUGUCGAGAAACGAAAGAAGAUGUCGAACGUCCAGCAGAGCUUCAAUGCAGGCCAGACCCAAGGCAAGACUCAGUCGAAGGCGGAAGGAAUGAUUCAAUCAGCAAAGGAAGGGACUGCAAACGCAGCCAACUCUGCUCAGGCGACCGCCCAGCGUGGAGCUGACCAAAGUGCCGGUUUCAUGCAACAGACGGGAGAGCAAAUGAAGAGCAUGGCUCAGGGGGCUGUGGAUGGUGUGAAGAACACACUCGGAAUGGGUGACAAGAAGUGAACAGGGAGACAUGAGAAUUAGACAUUUCCCCUUUCCUUUGAUCACAAUUAUUGCAAUUUUAGUACUUGUCUGUUGAAAUUUGUCUGACAGGCAUAAUAAGUGGUUGUUUUUCUGUUCUUCUUCUUAUUAUUUUUUUUAUUUUUUUAUUUUUGGGAUUUUUUAUUUUUUUGUCUUUUGGGAUGUCUUUGCUCAAUAGAAGUAAUAAAAUGUUUCAACUUUUCUCUA